AUGAGACUUAUUUCAAGAACCUUUAGUACUCAUCCUUUUAAGAUCCUUGGAAUUCAACAAAUUGCGCUUGGCCACUUAGAUAAAGUUGUUUUAAGAAAAUUUUGGUGCAUUAUACUUGGAAUUCCUAGGGUAGGGAGCUACUAUAGUAAAUUUGACAAUGUUAAUCAAGAUAUUUUGAGGAUCGGAGAAGGAGAAAACGCUGUAGAGCUACACCUAAUGCAGCCAGUUGACCCUCGAAGCUAUCCUAAUAUCCAGGAUAAUGCUUUUCACCAUUUCGCAUUAUGGGUUGACAAUCUGGAAGAGUGCUAUCAAUAUUUGGAAGGCCAAGGAUCACAAAUGACACCAGGAGGAAUAAGGAAAAAUACAUCAGGUUUAGGUGUAAUCUUUGCUAAUCCUAAAGUGACAGGAGGUAUUUUGCUUGAGCUUGUCCAGCAUCCUGAUUAUCUUAAAAAAUAA